AACAAGGAUUUCAUUGUCAAAUCGCUUCGAGAAGCUGUAAAUGCUUUGUGUAAGUUAGAGCAGUCUCCUCAGCCGCAAAACGUUAAAGAAGCGCAGGCUGCUCAGAAACGAGAAUCUGCUUUGAAGCCGCUGGUGGAUGCUCUUUGUCGUGGUCUGCUUCGACAUCCUGAUAAAGAUGUUCGGCUUUUGGUUGCUAUUUGUGUCACGGAAAUUUUGAGAGUCAAAGCACCAGAACCACCUUUUGAAGACAAGUAUUUAAGGGAGGUUUUUAAACUCAUUGUUAAUUCGUUUGCGGAUCUUGCUGAUAUUGCAAGCCCAUACUUCUCAAAAAGGGUUAAACUAUUGGACACUGUGGCUCAAUUAAGGUGUUGUGUGAUAAUGCUGGAGAUUGACUGCGUAGAUUUGGUUCUUGAGAUGUUCAAUAUUUUCUUCUCUGUUGUGAGCGAUGAUAGCCAUGAUAGUUUGAUUUAUUCCAUGUCUUCUAUAAUGCUAAACUUGUUGAAUGAGAGUGAGGAGGCUUCUCAGCAACUGUUGGAAGUGAUUUUGCGAAAUCUUAUAAAGGGGAAAAAGGAUGCAACUUCUGCUGCUUAUCAACUAGCUGCAUCAGUCAUCAAAAGUUGUGCAGAAGAGGAUGCACUGAACUCCCUAGUUUGUAGGUAUCUUAUAUCCUGUAUACAUGCCCGAGAUGCUAUGGUCAGUGAGCUUAAAGAAUCAUAUCAUGAAAUCAUAUUCAAGGUUUUUCAAUGUGCACCUCAAAUGCUAGUUGCUGUCAUCCCAAGCUUAAUUGAGGAAUUGUUGGCUGAUCAGGUUGAUGUUCGGAUAAAAUCUGUUAAUUUGGUUGGCAAGCUUUUUGCACUCUCUGAGCAGCUUGUUGCACAGAAGUAUCACGAUCUUUUUGUGGAGUUUUUGGAAAGAUUUUCUGAUAAAUCUGUGGAUGUAAGGAUUAGUGCUCUACAGUGUUCGAAAGCUAUUUAUGUGGCCAAACCUUAUGGGACAGAAUCAGAUGAAAUUAUCUCAGCUGUUGAAGACCGGUUGCUGGACUUUGAUGACCGAGUGAGAAUGCAGGCAGUUCUUGUUGCCUGUGAUAUUUCCAGGUCAAACCUGAAACUUGUUCCAUCCAAACUAAUAUCUCAAGCCACUGAGAGACUUCGGGAUAAAAAGAUAUCCGUCAGAAAGAGGGCCUUGAAGAAGAUGAUUGAAGUGUAUCAAGAUUACUGCACGGAAUGUUGGAAAGGCAGCAUGACAAUUAGCGACCACUUUGAGAAGAUUCCAUGUAAAAUUAUGUUGCUUUGCUAUGAUAAAGAUUGCAAGGAAUUUGGGUCACAGAACAUGGAAUUUGUUUUUGCUGAUGAUUUGUUUCCUGAGAACCUUCCUGUAGAGGAGAGGACAAAGCACUGGAUGCACAUGUUUUCACUUUUUAGUUCUCAACAUGAAAAAGCUCUGCUUACUAUUUUGACUCAAAAGAGAAGGCUACAAAAUGAAAUGAAAAAUUAUCUGGCUAUGAGGAAGAAAUUGAAGGGAGUUGGUUCUGAAGACCUACAUAAGAAGAUUGAAGAUAUUCUUGCAGAAAUGGCUGAAUCCUUCCCGGAUUGUCACAAGGCUAAAGAGGGCCUUCGCAGUUUAAACUUGAGUAAAGAUAAUAAGUUGUUUAAAUCAAUUGAACAACUAUUGGAGAAACAGACUUUUAUAGUUAGACAAGCCAACCAAGAUGUUCUGCUGGGAAUGAUUGGAGACAACCAUCCGUAUCACGAAUUUCUGCAAUCAAUCUUCUCCAGAUGUUCAAAUAACAUUUUCAGCUCAGAGCAUGUCCAGUAUAUCUUAGAUUUUCUGUUGAAUAACCAAAGUGGAAAUAAUCACUUGGAGGAUUCUUCUGUGGAUCUUCUUCUGGUAACUGAAGUCGCUACUUUCUUUUAUUUAAUUGCUCUCUCUCUCUCUCUCUCUCUCUCUCUCUCUCUCUCUCUCUCGGGGGAGAUUACAACCAUUUUAUCGCCUUUCAACAGUGAGUACUACAUCUUGGGCCACUACCAGAUAUUUUUGGAUGCUGAUUAUGUUGUUACAAUGCGCAGAGAUCUCCUUACAACUGAUCUCGCAAGUUUUAUAUUUCAAGUUAUGUGGGUAUUGGUGGAGGUUGAGGAUCAAACUGGUGAAAAAAUUUGGUUAAUGGGCAAUAGUGAAAUGCAGUUUCAAAUGUUAUUGGAACAGAAAAGUACUGUUAAUGACAAGCUGAUUGAGAUUAUAGCAAAGGCAGGAGCUCAUGUUUCAUUUAAUAUUAGUGAUAUUUAUCCAUUUCUUAAGAAAAUGUGCUUGGAUGGAACUCGCACACAGGCCAAAUUUUCAGUCUCUGCAAUAGCUGCCAUAACUACUGAGCAAUCAGUUUUCUUAAAUUUAUACGAGGCGUUGAUUGAUCCUUUGUAUAGCCAGUGGAAUGUCCCGACAGUUUUGCAGUCCCUGGGUUGUAUUGCACAACACUCUGUUUUGACUUUUGAAACUAGAGGCGAAGAGAUCACAUCAUAUAUAAGCCAAAAGAUUAUUCAAAUGGAGCACUUGGAUGAUGGUGAUAGUGUGACAUGCUUAGCUAAUACUGCUCAAUGUUGCAAAUCUUGUCAAUUAAAGAUUUAUGGACUUAAAACCCUGGUAAAGAGUUAUUUACCUUAUCAAGCAGGCCAUAUCAAACGCAAUAUUAAGUUUUUGUUGGAUAUUUUGUCAACAAUGCUAUACAACAAUUUUGAUAUGACUGAUACAGGCUCAUGCGAAAAUGACAUGUCUCGUAUCAGAUUAGCUGCAGCAAAGGCAGUUCUUCGGCUUUCUAGGAAGUGGGAUUUGCAUAUUACUCCAGAAAUUUUUCGCUGUACUAUUUUGAUUGGAAAGGAAUCCUCGCCUUCUGUUAGGAGAACAUUUCUUGCCAAAAUCCACAAGUUGUUGAAGGAGCGUAAACUACCUAUUAGAUUCACGUGUGCAUUUGCAUUUGGAGUGACAGAUGGCAUUGAGGAUGUCCGAUAUCAUAGCUAUAAAUAUAUUGCAGAAUUUAUUAAGGAUUAUGGUCUUGUCACUCGUAAACAACAAAGUUCUGCUGCGCAUGGAGCAGUUGCACAUCCUGCAUACAUGGUCGUCUAUUUGAUUCAUGUCCUUGCUCAGAAUAGUGACUUUCCACUGGAAGGUUGUCGGAAUGAAAAAUUAUAUGCUGACUUUUGUAGUCCGCUCUUCUUUGUCCUGCAGGCAUUUACCAAUGCCAGUAUAGUUGAUGGUGACCUGGAUGUUGUAAAUGAUGCUGUCUUGCAUCUAUUUAGUAUUUUUCGGGCAAUCAGAAAAGCUGAAGAUGCCAUUGAUCCCCAGACCACUGCUAAGCUGCACAUUCUAGCUGAAUUUGGGAUGUUUGCUUUAAAUGCAAUUAAUUGUGGUGCAAUAUCAGUAUCACAAGCUCCUGGGCAGAUUUUGCUUCCUUCCUCAUUUUAUAAAUUACAGGGCAAUUCAAAAUGUUCAGAGUCAUUUUGCGAGGAAGGAUUUCUAUGUAGUCUCUUUGCCACACUUAAACGUUGUACCCCUCAGGCAUUUGCUCAGAAGCCACUUACUAAGCUUGGUCGCAAGGGGCAAGAGGCUUUCCCCAAGUCUAAUACCAAAAUUUCCAGGGUUCUAGAUUUGACAGCUAGCAAAAUGGACAAUUUAUCAGUGAGAGCAAUAACAAAUGCUAAAUCUGUGAGGCAAGAUUCACCCCCACGGAAAAGGAGUAAACAUGUGCUUUCUUCUAAUUGUGGAUCAACUGGUUUGCAUGAAUCAAUGGAGAAGCAAAACAAAAUUGCAACCAAAAACUGUGAAAAGACUUCAGGGACAAACAUGCUCUUGCCUUGUGAUUCUAUGAGCGGGAAGGGUUGUCAGCCAGAAUUACAUUUGGUAUCCCGAAGAUCUAAAAGAGCUGCUGCUUGUACAUUAGAAAUUGUUCCUACAAGUUGCAAACAUACUGUUCAACAUUUCAAAUGCCCUGAAACCCACCUCAAAGAUUCCUGUGGCGUAAAGAAGCAAGAUAUACUGGCAGAUGUUUCAAAUAAAAAGAGUUUCUCCCACUGUGAUCCUAUGGAACAUUUUUCUCUGUAUAGUCUAAAGGAAACUGUUGUUACGACAGGAGGUCUAACUGCCAACGAAGAAAGGUUACUGAAUCAGGAGAAUGGCAGCCUGAUUAGAAGUGGAAAAUGUAAGAAAAAAUUAGCAUCGCAAAAUGUGACUACCAAUGUAUGUGCUGUCCGUAGAACAAGACGGAGAGUAUAAAUAUAAUGCUAUGUGGACAUUAUAUAGUUCAUGUAAUGGCACUUUUUAGGAUUCAUGCUUUGCUCAUUGCAAUAUUCGCUUUUAAUUAACCACCUGCCCAAGUUCUGUAAAUUGUAUUGGCUUGACAGUGGAAUAUAGCAGCCACGUACACCACUCUAGCUCAUAUAUCAAGAGUUCAUAAUGCAAAACAAAAAUCGAUUU